AUGAGCAUUUCAACUUCAACAUCCGAUUAUAUAGAUGAUGAUGAUAUAUAUUCUGUAGAUGUAUACGAUGAACCGCCUAUACCUGAUGAAUCGCCUGCAUAUAAUGAUAAAACAAAAAAACGAAAAAAACGUGACAAUCGUAGUAUCGUGUAUGCGCAUGACUCUUUAAUGGAAAAUAUGCUUGGCCAUCUUUGGUCUAAGCACCGAAUAGAUAAAGACCACCCUGAAGAAGCAAACAGUAAUGGUUCGAUUGUCAAAGCUAUGCAUGUCAUUAGUAAACAGAGGCAAGACAAAAUAGCACAGCUAUUAGUCGAAUUUAUUAUCAAAUAUUGCCAACCUCUUCAUAUUUUACGUAACCAAGCUUUUCGUCAGUUGUUAAAUUAUAUAGAAGCAGGCUUUCACAUUCCUUGUGAGCAGACUGUGAAAAAAAUGAUUGACAAAGCUUACGAUUGGAGUCGUGAUCAAUUAUUCGGUAUGAUGAAUACUGACGAUGCGCAAGAAAAAUGUAGAUAUUCAAAAAUUCACCAACCAAUUAAUGACGUACCAAUGAAAUGGAAUUCUUCAUAUUUAGCUUGGGUUCGGCUUAGGAGAUUACGAAAGGCGAUCGAUUACCUUGUUUUGAUGUUGCCUUCAGAAUUGGAACGGUGUGACAGACUUGAUGGCGAGUAUUUGAAAUUAACCAACCUAACCGAAAACGAAUGGCGAUUGUUAGACGGUCUUAUUCUAUUAUUGAAACUAUUUUACGAGGCUACCAAUAUAUUUUCCGGUUCAAGCUAUCCUUCUCUUAACCUUAUUUAUCCAACAAUGAGAUUACUUAUUAGGAAAUUCUCACCUUCUAAUGAACAAACCAAAGAUGAUUAUGCUGAAUUAUUAUUUGGACCUAUUGGCCCAAGUCAACCAACCAAUGAUGAAAAUCCUGAUGAACUCGAUAUAGAAGAUGAAUUUGAUACACAAAUAAUUUCAGAGCAACUCCGUCAACCAUUACAAGCAUCACAAGGACAAAUGAAGAAACAAACCCCUGUUACUACCGAAGACCUAUGUGAUUUAGUUAAAGCUGCCAGCUAUCUUUCUCUUCAAGAAUAUUGGGAAACUCCUGAAGAAAUUGGGCUUGUAGCGUCAUUCUUAGAUCCGAGAAUUAAGCAUUUGAAGUUUCUUAGUGAUGAAUCAAUGAAGAGAACUAUAAUUAAUAGGGUGCGAACACUUUGCGAUGAAGAAAAAUGCCACCAGCCCUCAGUUGAGCUUGACAAGUUACCUACUAUGUCAACUCUCAAACCUGCGACAACUAAUGACUUGAUUGCGGCUUUAUAUAGUAGCGAAGAACCUAAUAAUGAAAUUCUUAAAGAAACUGAAGUUGACUGUUACCUUCGUGAACCUGUUGAGAAAAUAGGCUGUAAUCCACUAGCAUGGUGGAAAGAUAGAUCUGGAAUGCUUCAUCCAGAUAUGGUUAAGCAAAUAAUGUUCCUUAAACGUAAUAUGCAGCAUUUUCCUAUUUUUAAACCAGAUGAAUUAUAA